AUGCGAAACAUACAAACUUUAAGCAUUGAUAACAUUAUCAUCCGGACAAAUUCAGGAAGUAAUCGGUUAUUACAUCACUUUAUUUUCACUCCAGCUCAGUAUCGGCACAAAGGUUAUGCUACAAAGUUGAUGAAGUUGUUGAAUCAUAAGUUGAGAUUCGAAUGCAAGGCCAAAUUUUCAUACUUGUACUCUGAAGUUGGUUCUGAUUUUUACUCUAUAUUAGGUUGGAGAAUUUUUCCUCAUAAAGAGAUCAAAUUUGAUAGAUUCUCUAUGUCUUUAAAACAUUCUGAACUGAUCGUUGCAAUUAAUCAAUCUAACUUAGAAACUAUUAUUAGCUAUAUUACCACUAAACCUGCAUUUGACUGGUUGUUUCAAAAAACAAACCUUUAUUCGAAAUUUUAUGCGGUUACAAAUGAUCAAAGACAAUUUGGUGCAAUGAUUUCGAAUAAAAAAAAAGAAUCUUACAAUGAGAAAGAAGAAUUGUUUGAAAGAUUUAUCAUGUGGAAUCAUGAUUUUAGGGGUAAUAAAUUGUUCAUUAUCAGAUUUCGUUGUGAUUCACCAUAUUCAACACGCUUAUUAAUCCAACAAGCCAUUCAAGAAGCUAGUAAAUUUCAAUUUAAACAAAUUAUUUUAUGGAAUCCGGAUUUGAGAUUAUUUAAUAACUCUGAAGGUUUAAAUGUCUUUGAAGUUGAAAUUUCUGAGAGGACUGAGUCAUUGCCAUAUUUAUCGUGGUAUGCGGAUAAUGACGAUAAUGUGGAUUGGAUAUUGAUUGAGAAAUAUUCCUGGUUUUGA